AUGUCUUCUCUCAGGCCAAAGAGGAAGGCUGCUUCAAACAAGUCUUAUAAUGACUCGUCAUUCAAUGUAAUUGAGGAAGAUUAUUCUACAUACACAUCAUCCAGAUCAAAUAGCCCAAACUCUUUGUCAAGUUCAGGAGAGUCAAAACCAAAGAAGCAAAAGACUGUAAAAUCCAACAAGUCUAAAUCGCAUGCAACAACCAACACGAUUUCAGAGACGCCCAGUGAGCUGCAGGUUCCAGCAAACUGGCAACCUCCCAUGCGACCAGAAGACUGGUUUUCAAAUAAGUUGGAUUUGACAGAUGCAUACAUCGAUCUACAAGAGCAAACUCUACAUUGCCCUAAUCAUGCUGAAGUCUCUCAAGCAUAUCCGCCAGUAGCACUGAUUCUAUCAGCAACCAAGAAAGCAUCCAAAUCAAACAAAAAGAACACCAAGAAAGAGCAUUUCACACUAUCAAAAGGCCAAUGUAUAUACAUGAUAAGUGAGCCACCAGGUGAGCCAUACUAUAUUGGACGUAUAAGAGGAUUUAUAAAUAGAAAGUCCAAUAGUGUCGGCGACAAAUUGGUGUCCAAAUCGACAAAGAAGCAAGAAAGAUACUUACCAGCAAAAGGGUACGAAUUCCAGAUCCAAUGGUUUUUUAGACCAAGGGACAUUUCGAGAACAUCCUCAGAUUCGAGACUUGUGUAUGCCACGAUGGAUACGGAUACAUGUCCAUUACAUAGUUACCGCGGGAGAGUUUCUGUUGAACAUCUACUGGAUAUCGAGGAUAAGUUUAUCGUUCCUCUGACUAAGAAGAAGAAAGAAGUACCACGCUCUAUUAAGUCAUCAUUGAAAACAGAGUCCCCAGUACUGGAACCCGUGUCUGCCUUGGAUGCAUACACAAAGCUCCCCAAUUGUUUCUUUUUUAACAAACUCUAUGACCGUUACAUGAUUCGCUAUUACGAUGUUUUGCUGACGGAGAAUCUAUUGCAGUAUGCCCGAAAUGAAGAUAGCACCUCGAAAUACUAUUUACAAGCCUUGCACAAACGGUUCAAGUAUAUCUUUUGUGAAACUCAAAAGACAAAAUCGUUAAUAAAUUCAUUCAAGGCAAGCACUUGCAACUGUUCGAUAUGUGGAUUGUGGUGUGAACUUGUGGACUCCGUAAUUUGCGCCGAGUGCAAAACUUACUAUCAUAUGCUUUGUUUAGAUCCACCCUUGUUAAAGAAACCCAGUAGAGGGUUUUCUUGGUCGUGUGCCGCUUGUGCUAAGAAACAGGAAAUUGCAUACCACAAGAAUAAAAUGACAAUGUUACUGCACGAUGGGAAGUCAUCAAAUCAGAGUGUUCUUGAUACCCAAUUGCUGGCACUACACACGAUACCUCGCGAAGUAGGAGAAGAAGAAGAAAAAGAAGAAAAAGAAAAAGAAAAAGAAAACGAAAUAAAAAAAGAAAUAAAAAAAGAAAUUGAGCUUGUUCAAAAUACUUCAAGUUUAGAGCCAACGGGUAACAUUUUACCGCACCAUGAAAUUAUGGCUAAAGCAUUUUUGGAAAAAGAUUCUGGUACUACUUUGCAUGAGCGAAGAUUAAAAGAAGAAUGGUGUAUGCGAUAUCUUGGUGCCAACGCAAAGUUGGAGGAAGGAGUUGAUUUAGAAGACAAGUCACCGUAUGCGCGUGCUAGUACAAGAAUUGGUACGCGUCACCAGGCUUCAUAUAUACCAGAAUGUAACGGCCACCCUAUCGUUUAUUAUGAUGUUGAAAACCUGAAACUGAAGCUGAAGCUGAAGGCGAACCUGAAGACUAAGCUGAACUUGGAUCUAAAUUUGAAAUCGGGGGGACCGAUACCGAAACUGAAACUGAAACAGACGCUGCCAAAGAAGAAAACUUUAAAUGAAAAUGAAAAUGAAGCUAAAUUGGGCAUUGUCGAAGACUCAAAGUUGGAAGUUCCUUCAGAGUAUGUGGGAAUGGACCCCCGCUCGUAUCCGGAAUGGUUAAAACCACGUCCAAAGGGUUAUAUAGAGAGAGGAGUCGAUGAUGGGAUGGGGAAAACAUGCACACUACUCUGGUCUACUCCCGAAGAAGAUAUAAAUGAUUCGUUUAGCCAGCUUGAUUCCUAUUUAGAAAAGUGUUCUUCCACUGCCGAAGCACUUGGGUUAUCACCAAACUCUCCAAAUUUUGUUGACGCUGCACUUCGUUUCUAUCUAGAGUUUGGUAGAGAUACAAAGCGUGCUCUCGAGAAUGUACGCAAACUUACAAAAAAGAAAUUAAAUGAGCCGGUGUUUAAUAGGGAGGAGAUCAAGCGUUUUGAACAGGGAGUUAAAGAAUAUGGAAGUGAAUUGUACUAUGUGCAAAAAGCGGUUAAAACCCAACCGAUGAGUCAAGUAGUAAGAUACUACUAUCUUUGGAAGAAAACUAAAAACGGAAUGGAUAUAUGGGGGAACUUUGAAGGCAGGACUCGUAAAAAGGCGAAAUCUGCUAUCAAGGCAGCAGACAUAGACGAAAAAGUUCUGAAGACAAAUGAAAAGUCGAGAGAUAUUUCUGGUGACAAUUCAGUAGAUACUUCUGGCUUUCGUGACGAUUCAUCAUACGAAGACAGUACAGUAGUUACUAGAAAAGCGGGGUUUAUUUGUAAACAUUGUCAGUCCUCAAAGUCACAGCAAUGGUUUAAAAUCACGGGUCAAGAAACAAAGAUUCAAACGACGAACGAACCCAUUCUUGCACUAUGCUUUCGGUGUGCUCGAUUAUGGAGACGCUAUGCAGUUGUAUGGGAUUUUCCUUCAAAUGUAUUGCGAACAGCUAGUAAAUCGAGUGGAUCAAGGAAAAGAACGGAAUGGGAGCUUCUUGCAGACGCAAAUGCCAUUCUAGAACGUAUCGAGUCUCAAGAUGCAUAUGAUAUGGAAGCGGAGGAAGACAUUGACGAGCUUAGCACAUCUUCACUAAGUCUGCAUCCUCUCACAAAAUCUCGUACUAAUCCUGGCAAUCAAUUAACUUCAGUAAAGGCUGUUAAUAUUCUGCCAAAGAAGAAUCAAAACAAAUAUAGUUCAUCUACUCCUUCACCUGUCGCUUCAAAACUAGAAGAUACUAAGAAAAACGUUUUUGUUCCAACUAAAACUUGUUUGAAAGUUUUUAGUGACGAUGCAUAUGAUGGUGUUGUCGAGAAAGAGCUUGGCGAGAUUGUCAAAUCAAGACUUUAUAAUAGUCAAUACGAGUUACCAAAAUGGAAUUUCGAAUCAAAGUCGAUGAGCAACAGCCAAGUUGAUGAAGAUACUUUCAACACAAUUGCAAAUGCUAUUAAUAAUAUUAGACAGUAUCCAAGGUACAAUUUGAACCAUAUGAAGCACGAUUUUAAUUUUGAAAAUAGCUCUACUGAAAUUGAGGCACCUUUUUCACCUCAAGAACGAAAAUGCUGCGUGUGCAGAGAGCACGAUGUUGCAAAGGAAUCUUUUCUUGAAAUGUUGAUUUGCGCAGCAUGCGGAGUGAAUGUUCAUGCCUCGUGUACUGGGUUGGAUGUCUUUGGCAAGUCUAGCAAAUGUCCAAAAGAAUGGCUAUGCGAGCCGUGCAUGAAUGACAUGAAGCCAAUUAAUUCGAUAGAGUAUUCAUGUUAUCUAUGCUAUGCAAAAGAGUCUAAUUAUGAGUUGGCACUUGUUGGAAGUCACCAUGUGCGACCAGAUUAUUUGAAAUCAACUGCGGAUGGUAGAUGGUGCCACUUGUUGUGUGCAAUAUUUAGUCACUAUCUGCUGCAUCUGAUACCGCUGCUGCAAACUUUGACGUCACCUUUUCAAAAGAGUACCAAACUUGUUGAAAACAAGAUUACCAUAGCAACAGAUUUUGCUGAAACCAUUGCUGCAAAUCACAAUAAAAGAUGUGCAAUUUGUAAAUUUCCAAAUGGGGCACUUGUGAAAUGCAACUUAUGUCCCGAUGACAAUUUUUACCACCCUACUUGUGCACAGGACACGCCAAACUACAAAUUAGGUUUUACUUUGGAUGAAACUAGUCGCGGUACACAUAACCUGAUGGUGAACAACAAAGUUGGAAAAUUGAGGCCCAUCUUGGUUUGCCCAAAACACGAUCAAUCACGCGAUACGAUCUUGAAUUUUAGAGACUUAGGGAGACGUAUUGGAAGUAGGGACCAUGAAUCGAAACCGGUGGUUUCUUUGUAUUUGGAAAGCCUUGCACGAGAGCGAAAAUCAAGGUUUAACAAUCUGCUGUUGUUGGCGUCAAUAUCUAAAGAAUAUGGUAAAAAUAUGUUAAAUUCUAACGCAUCGAGGCAUGAAGAAGUGUUUGCAACUGCUUUUGUUUGUUCCAAAUGCGAUUCAAAAACAUCGCCAAUAUGGUGGCCCCUGAAUAGUGGUGCCCAUUUGUGUCAAUCAUGCAACCAGUCGAAAUCAAAGUCAAAAUCUGAACAAAAAAUCGAACAUGAUAAGAACAUAAACAGAUUGAAGGCUAUGUUGGAGACACCUGUAAAUGGUGAAAAUUAUGGAAUUAUAGAUUCAAAUGAUAGGGUUAGCAAUGUAUACACUCCCAAUAUUUUGAAAAGGGGAACUACGGCGAAGGCAGAGGCACCUAGAAGUAAAAUAACUAUAGGUGAUAUAUUAAUAUAG